CCUCGGCAUUCGUCGUUGAGAAUGGAGAUAUCAACAAUCCAUCCAUUUAAUCCUCACAUUGCAGUAAUGUAGAAUUUGACUUCCUCAACUGUCCUUUCGACCUAAAUUUCAACUCCCCGCCGCCCACCAUGCUCAUCCUCGGCCUGACUGGCUCCAUCGCGACCGGCAAAUCCACCGUCUCCAACAUCCUCCGCUCCGCACCCUACAACCUCCCCAUCAUUGACGCCGACGUCCUCGCCCGCCAGGUCGUCGAGCCCGGCACCUCCGGAUACAAUCAAAUCCUCGCAUACUUCGGGCCCACGACCCCCGAUCUCCUGCUCCCCGGCUCCGAAUCCGGUGGCCCCAAUGGCCCCGAUGGGAAAGGCCGCCCGCUGAACCGCCCCGCGCUGGGUCGACGGGUGUUCGGGAACGAGCCGGACAAGGUGCGCGACCGGAAGAAGCUGGGGCAGAUCAUCCAUCCGGCGGUGCAGCGGGAGAUGUGGAAAGCGUUAUUAUACUAUUAUCUGACGGGGCGUUGGUGCGUGGUAGUGGACGUGCCGCUGCUGUUUGAGGGGGGCAUGGACGCGAUUUGUGGGUCGGUGAUGGUGGUCGCAGUGAAGGAUCCGGCGGUGCAAAUGCAGAGGUUGAUGGAUCGAGACUCGUUUUUGACGGAGGAGGAUGCGAAGAAUCGGGUGAUGAGUCAGGGGGACGUGAGGGAGAAGGCGAAGAGGUGUGAGGCUCGGGGGAAGGGGAGAGGGGUGGUGGUGUGGAAUGAUGGAGGUAUAGAGGAUUUGAAGAGUGAGAUAGCUCGAGCAAUGACAGAGGUACAGAGUGGGAGCCCGAAAUGGUGGGCUUGGCUACUCCUGCUUUGUCCUCCCAUGGGGGUUGGGGCGGGGUUGUACACGUAUUUACGGACUUGGAUCAUUAGAAGGGAGUAUUUAAAAGCGCAGGCGAAGGAGACGGCAAAGUUAUGAUAGAUGCCCUGUGAUGGCUCUAUCAUAAGGGCAAGGAGUUGAAGCAAAGUAUCCGAUUCAUUUUAGUUACCGUACGGUACACAACCCAGAACCCCAGUAUUCAGCAUGGGAAAGCUGCCGCUUGAGACAUCACCAACUGUCAAGUCAUUCGCAAUGAUUUCCUACGUCC